AUGGCUCUGCAGGUGCUGGGCAUCACGCUGUCUAUGAUCGGCCUGGCAGGUACCAUCAUAAUAUGCGCCCUGCCUAUGUGGAAGGUGACGGCGUUUGUGGGCACCAACAUCGUGGUGGCGCAGGUCUUCUGGGAGGGCCUGUGGAUGACCUGCGUGUAUGAGCGCACGGGCCAGAUGCAGUGCAAGCUGUACGACGCUCUGCUCGACCUGGACCCAACACUGCAGGCCUCGCGUGGCCUUGUUGUCACCACCAUGGCACUUGCGUGUCUUGGGUUCCUCAUCUUCCUGCUGGGAGCCGAGUGCACCAACUGUCUCAGCAAUCCACGGGCCAAGGCUAGGAUCGUCGUGGCGUCUGGGAUCACUUUCAUGCUCUCGGGGCUUGGCACCGCAAUUCCCGUUUCCUGGACGGCUGACACCAUCAUCAGGGACUUCCAUAACCCUGUAGUGCAUGAGGCGCUGAAGAGAGAGAUGGGUGCUGCCAUAUAUGUAGGCUGGGUGACAGCGGGAUUCUUGUUUGUUGGAGGGGCAAUUCUCUGCACCAGCUGCCCACCAGAGAGGGUCAAGCACUUCUCCAGGCUUACGGCAACAAAAUCAGGCAACCAAAGCAGCUAUGCACUUAAAAACUAUGUGUAAGUUGAAGACAUGACCUGUUCAUCACUGAGGUGAAUGUGCCACCAUGUUACAAAAGGGUAUUCUUACAAUUUGCAUUUUUUCAGAUCUAAAAAUAAUUUGUUUUGUGUCAUAUACAAUAAUCAAUUUGGUUGAAAUCUUACUUGAGUUUAACUUAC